UGCAUCAAUCGAACUCCUUCAAUGCUGAUCGUGAAUGUCCGACCCAAGGUGUGAUAAUUGACUGCCAUUGCACGCCUGAUGUUAUUGGAAUGUUUCAAUCGAGGACUGUUUGAAUGUUCCUAGUUUUACCAGAACGAGCUGGACAUUCAGGAAUCUCGAUCUGAGUAAGAAUAAUAUCACGAACAUCAAUGACCGAGCAUUUGACAACGUUAACGUCACUGAAAUCAACCUGUCAGAUAACGCCAUUCAACAAUUCACAUUGAAAACUUUUUCACCCUGAAAAAGCAACUGUAUAGGUUGGACUUGAAAAAUAAUAAACUGCAACAAAUACCCCCAGUUCUUGCUCUUCUUGAUAAACUUACAAUUCUCGACGUAAGUUACAAUCCCCUACCACAAACAGGAUUCACAGAUGACGUCAUGCGUCGCAUUGGAGAUUUUCUUCAGGAAUUUUCGGUUUGGUGAUCCAACCUCAAAGAAUGGCCAGACACUUUACAUCAUUUUCAAGAUCUAAGAAUAUUGAAAUUUUACGGAGGAACAAUGGAUCGUAUUCCAAUAACGGCGUUUGCUGGCUUUGAGUGGACACUAAAAACGCUAUGGAUGCAGAAUACAAAAUUGAUUGUUGUUCCUCUUGCAAUGUAUUAUCUCAACAGCGUUGAUGAACUACAUUUUGACAAUAACGUUUUUAUGACAGAUGAUGGUAUCCUAAGUCCAGCGUUUGCUGUUAGUACCACCUUGCACACACUGACUUUGGAAAAUAGACUUUCAACGUUUCCAGCAGUUCUUAAAACACUGACGUCACUUCAAAAUCUAAGUCUUGCAAGAAAUAACUUGCAGGUGGUUAAUGACAAUACUGUAAGUGUUGUAGGAAGCAAUAUCACAAUACUGAAUCUUCAAGGAUGCAACUUGGCGCGGAUCCCCGAAGCACUGUCUAAGCUUGAUAACCUUCUGGACCUCGAUGUUUCCUAUAACAGGAUCAUAACAAUCGAGAAAAAUGAUUUGCAGGCAAUGUCACAGUUACGAAAGCUCACACUUUCACACAAUCCACUAUACUACAUAUCAAAAUUUAGCUUUCUCAACCAACUCGUUUGGAGUCUCUCGUUGUGCAGAACAUUUCCGUUGCACGAAGUUCCAGAAGCGGUAAAGAAUCUACCACAACUGACGAUCUUAGACCUACGAAUCGGACAUCAACUAUUGACUGCAACUGCGACCUGACAUGGUUACAUUGCUUUAUGAAAACAACAAUACAAAAUUAAGGAUACUAGGAGAAUGUUGCAAUAUUCAUGGACACAAUUGAC